AUGGCCGCUGCUGUAGCUAUACAACCUCUGGCCCCUCGCUCCGGCCCAAUGGCUUUCAACCAACAACAACCCAGGAGCAGNNUGACGGUUGCCGUAGACGUAAGAGCAAGUGUGUACUCCAAGACUCAUUACCUUGUGUUCUGUGUGAGUUCCACAAGCAAGACUGCACCUUUGUCGAGGCCGCCCAACCACGCAAGCGAAAAGUGGACGACUCUGCUUUGUCAAAAGACUCGCCAAACUCCAAGCGUNCCAAAGGACUCGAAAAGUCCAGGCCAAACACCACCUCCACAACAACGUCCCGUUGCCCCUGUGAUUCGCUUGGAGAAACCACAGCAUGCCCCUCAACCCGUACGAGGCGUGGUUUUGGGAGACACUCUGAGCUUACAACGAGAACAACAUUGCAGGCUCAUUGGACGUACUUCAGCCUUGGACAUUUCUCUUCUCGGAUUCUCGGAUUUUGGUAGUCGUCACGAGACAAGUACUGGCUUUGGCAAGAUUAGAAGGGUAGCGAACAGUGACUUCUUCAGUAUGCACACCGACGCCGCAUUCUCAACGUACGAAGACGAGUUACAAACACUGGUUGCUGUCGAACAAACCGUGGCACCCUACGGUCCUUCGCUCAUCGACCUGUACUUCCGCAAUGUACAUCCCAGCUUUCCCAUCCUUCAGAAACACACCUUCAUGGACCGACAUCGAUGUGGCGACCGUCAGUUCCACUCGGGCCUUUUGGCUGGAAUGUACCUUUUAGCUCUCCGCUGGUGGAACCGGGAUCCUGUACUUUCUCAACAUCCCAAACCGUCCGUGUACCGACUCGAGGAACUUGCGGCACGAUCACUCAGCAUGGCAAUGCAACAUCCCAAGCUGUCUGCUCUCCAAGCUGGGUUAUUGCUGUUGCAGAGACGACAAUCGACCGACUGGGGCCUGACUGUGCAACUGGUUGCUCUGGCCCAAGAUCUCGGUCUGCAUAUCGACUGCACAAACUGGGAUAUUCCGAUUUGGGAACGUCGAUUGCGCAAAAGAUUAGCAUGGGCACUCUACAUGCAGGACAAGUGGACGGCUCUAGUGCAUGGGCGACCAUCUCACAUUCAGGCUGCUGAUUGGGCAGUAUCUGCUCUCUCGCUGGACGACUUCAAUGAAGAAUUUGAGAAUGCCGACCAACAGAUGAUUGUCGAUGAUGAGAACGAGGAGGAAGAAAAGAGCAGAGUUAUCUUCAUCCAGAUGAUCGAGUUGACGAGUAUCAUGGCCGAGGUCAUUGACGUGUUUUAUACACAGAGGGCCAACGCAGAGUUUGAGAGAGGUGGCCGCAAUGCAACGCGGUUGAUUUUGGAGCGUGCAAAGCCAGUCCAACUCAAGCUAAAAGAAUGGUUCUCGAAGUUGCCUGCGGUUGCAAGAAUGGAUGCAUACACACCGGGAAAGCUAUCUUCGAAUGGAUACCUGCAUCUUGCAUACUUCGCAACCGAGAUUUCGAUCCACCGACGCAUUGUACAGUCACUACAGCCCUCGGCGACGGACCCAUAUGUCCUGUAUAUCUGUCGAUCAGCGGCAAAGACAAGAUUAAUCUCGGCCAUGGACUUUGUCAACCGUCUCAAGCCAGAACACCUAGACUCGUUCUGGUACUUUGCAUCGGCGACAAACUUUGCCCUGAUCAACACAUUUGGCAACUUGCUUAGGGCAACAGCGCCAGGAGAGGAAGAAGCAGGGUUCUAUUCGUGCCGUCUAAAGGAAUACAGAUGGGCACUAGGAGCCAGCUGCCGAAGAGCAGAAUGGCUUGAAGGAGCUGUCAGGAUGCUCGACGCUACAGACAACUUGGUCGAUGGCCUUGGAGACCGCCAACGCAAUGUCCAGCACACGAUCAACGAGGAAAUGGAGGAAGAGGGAGAAGAAGAGGGAGAAGGAGAGUACUGA